AUGAAAGCACCUUGUUUAAAUGAACAUUUUAUAAACUUUAUAACAGGCCCAGGCCCUGGACUCUCAACCCCAUCCACAGCCUCUUGGCCCCUCCCACGGGUUCUCAGUCCAUUCCCUCCCAAACCCUGUCCCCAGCAGAAGCAGCACAGUCAGCUCAUUGCCCUGAUCAUAGACAAUUCCCCUGGCUCCUGCCAAGAGGGAGCUAGUGAUUACACCGUGGACAGAUACACCGUACACUGGCAACAUUCCCGAGGCGGGCCGGUCAUACUGAGUCAUUAUACGGAUGGCAGUGUUUACCGAUCGAAGCAGCGGUACUCUGAGCGGUUUCAGCUUUCCAGAAAUGUGACCAGUAACAGCUUCAUUCUGACCAUCAGAGAGCUGCAGCUCAGUGACACCAAUACCUACUUCUGUCAGAUUUGGCGACAAGUCAUUGGGAACGGGACCCGGCUGAAUGUGACCAAUCAGGAUACAUGGCCAGUUCUUUUCCAAUCCCCUGAAGCAGUGACGGUGACUGAGGGUGGGACAGUGACAUUUCACUGUGAUUUGUGGAGCAGUAAUGUCGAUAACACCGUGGACAAAUAUGAUGUACACUGGCACCAUUCCCGAGGCGGGCCGGUCAUACUGAGUCAUUAUCAAAACGGCAGUGUUUACCGAUCGAAGCGGCGGUACUCUGAGCGGUUUCAGCUUUCCAGAAAUGUGACCAGUAACAGCUUCAUUCUGACCAUCAGAGAGCCGCAGCUCAGUGACACCAAUACCUACAUCUGUCAGAUUUGGGGGGAUAUCUUUGGGAACGGGGCCCGGCUGAAUGUGACCAACCCAUUGGCUGAUCCAGUCCUCAUUCAGGAUCCAGUGGUCAGCAAGGUACCAGAGGGUGAAACUGCCGAGUUCCAGUGUGCCAUGUACAAUGCCAGUGUGACUGACACUGAUGUCCACUGGCACUACCAGCGACCUGGCAGCAACAGGAAGUGGGUGAUAAGCUACUUUGUGAAUGGCACCCUCACCAAGGCCCAGGGUUUCCACAAUCGUGUUCAUCUUUCCAGGAAUGUCAGCAGGAACAGUUACAUUCUGAGCCUUGUAAAUGUGACUCGGAAUGAUACUGCUGUGUACAGCUGCAGUGUGUGGGGCUACAUCUAUGGAGCAGGGAGCCAGCUCAAUGUAACUGAGAUAACUCACCUCGGGAAGACAAAACUUGUUUGGUUUAUUCUGGGAGCUCUGUUUGGAAUUACAGGAGUAAUUUUAUUCAUUGGAUAUACAUGUCUGAUAAAAAAGCAGUCUUCCACAUCACAAUCCGGACCAGCUGAUGAUCCGAACACAACUGCAGAUUAUGAAAAUGUGAGAACACUGCAGAACACAGGAUAUUCUCCAGAAGAUUCCAAUGCUACAUACACGACCUUACAGCCAGUGGAUCAGUCUGUUUACAGCGACCUUAAAGGCAAGAAAUAAACCGCUGACAGAUAAACUGCUGAACAAAUCCUUCCUGAGGGAUGAAGACACCACAUGGAUAUUUUGAUCAAGAAAGAUCAUUGGACCAAACAAGUCUGUUCUCCAUCUUCUUUCCCAAUCCCCUCUCCUGUUCCAGAAACUGCUCUGAUUCACUGCUGCCCACAGCUUCUCUGCUCACAUCAGCAACACUUAUUGGUUACACAUUCCACAACUGGAUCCAUCUUUGAGUAGUUUUCAUUAAUUCUUUCCUGGAAUGUAGGCCAGCAUUUGUUCCCAAUCCCUAACUGCCCUUGAGCUGAUUGAUACUUGGGGCCAUUUCAGGGGGCAGCUGAGAGUCAGAUAUAUUACUGUGGCUCUGGAGUCACAUGUAGGCCAGAUUAAGGAUGGCACAUUUCCAUCCCAAAAGGGCGUUAGGGAUUUUAUAAUCCUCAGUGAUGGUUUCAUGGUCACCAUCACUGAGACCAGCUUUCUACUUAACUUUACGAACUGAAUUUGAUUUCCAUCAGCUGCCAGAGCAGAUUUUAACCAUGUUUCCACAUAAUGUUAUGGAUUAUUCAUCCAGUGACAAUUCUGCCUGACCACAAUCUCAGAAUGAACAUUACCUAGUGGGGUUCAAGCUGACUUUAAUCAUUACCUCCUUCACCGUCUUCUGUUCCUCAUAGUUUUUCAUCAACUUCCUUUGAAACCCGCCUUCACCAUCGUAAGAAGUUUAAUUUGAUCAAACUGAAUUCUUCUGCCUUGCUUCCACACAGCACCUCCUCUCAUUCCCUGGCUGCUCCCUCAUUCACUGACCCUACCCCACUUACUGACCCCUCCCUAACUCAUCCAUCCUCUCUCACUCACAGCCCCUUCCCGCUCACUGCCUCCUCCCUCACUCACAGCCCCUUCCCACUCACUGCCCCCUACCUCACUCACAGCCCCUUCCCGCUCGCUGCCCCCUCCCUCA